UUUAUACACACAAUGAACUUACUUAACGCAGCUCUCUCUUUCCACUUUGAAUCCUAUUCAUUCUGCCCAAAAUGUGGAGUAGACGUGACCAUAUUCUGUCAUGAAAGUGAUUGCCCUUCAUACCACUCAGCAACAAAGGAUUAGUCGAAUCAGAUCACACUUUACACAACUCAAAAUUCAGGACAAACUGGUACAAGCUACAUCCAACUGCUUUAGAUGCAUUAUAGACCGCAAGGCAAAAGUCAAUAUAUCCAAAAACGUCAGGAUAACGCAAGCAUGCCAAAAAAAAAAAACCGAGAUAAAACAAAUAGAUCAAACUUCAGCAAGAGAUACAUUAGAGAAACAUGGAGAAAUUACUAGAACCAUCAAGAAAAGAAAUCAUCAGACUUUUUCGAGCAUUUUGUUAUUAUUCUUAUUUAUUUGUAAAAAAAACUUCAUUUUUAUUUAUUGUAUAUUGUAUACUCUUGUAUAUUGUUCUUGUAAAUAAUUAUUUAAUGAAUAAAUUAUUAAUCAAUAUGGUUACCAUGGAAACAGUUUUAUUUUUUUUCUUAAAAAGGAAGCCAUGUUGUCUAGACGCGUGGAUUGUUUUAAUCUCAACACGUAGUCAAUUUGUUAUUCAUCCG